AUGCCGAUGCUCCUGCCACAGAAUGAUACAACGCCUAACGACCCUUCUGCGAUCGCCCCAUCGCCCUCGACUGCCCCCGACUCCGUGUCUCCCCCUCCUGGCGACUUGGCGGAACGAACGGUCGAAGCGGCGGGAGUGGACAAGCCGACGGGGCUGAGAGGGCUGGUACAGAGUGCGCUGGACUCUAACCCUUACUUCUCCGCCGGUUUCGGCUUGAUGGCCCUCGGCGUCGGCGCGCAAGUUCUGCGAAGAUCCGCCGUCCACGCCGCAACUCUCGCCCAGCGCCGCCUGCUCGUCUCGCUCGAGAUCUCGUCCAAAGACCCGUCCUACCUCUGGGUGCUUCAAUGGAUGUCAGCACAAUCAGCACGGCAGGCGCAGCUGGCGAAGAAGCCGAUGAGGGGGAUUGAGGGUCUCGCGAGCCGGAUACGAAGCCAUGAGCUUGCGGUUGAGACGAAAUACGAGCAGCGGAAGGACGGGAGCUCGACGGCCGAGUUCAGUCUUGUCCCCGGACCGGGCACGCAUUUCUUCCGAUACAAGGAUGCGUGGUUCCAGGUUAAGCGAGAACGCGCGACCAACAUGCUCGAUCUCAACUCUGGCACGCCAUGGGAGACGGUGCACCUCACGACCCUCUCUCGCGACCGCGACCUCUUCCCUCUCCUCCUCAGCGAAGCCCGGCAACUCGCACAACAAGCUCAAGUCGGCCGAACAGUCAUUUACACGGCGUGGGGCGCGGAAUGGCGGCCGUUUGGACGGCCACGGGAGAAGCGUUUGUUGGAAAGCGUUGUGCUGGACAAGGGUGUCAAGGAGCGGGUUGUUGACGAUGUCCGGGCGUUCAUGGGGCGUGGGAAGUGGUACUCGGAACGCGGCAUCCCCUACCGAAGAGGGUACCUCCUCUACGGGCCGCCCGGGUCCGGCAAAUCCUCCUUCAUCCAGGCUCUCGCCGGCUCGCUCGACUACAACAUCUGCGUCCUCAACCUGUCGGAACGAGGCCUGACGGACGACAAGCUUAAUCACCUGCUCGCGAAUGCGCCGGAGCGGAGCAUCAUGCUUCUCGAGGAUAUCGACGCGGCUUUCUCGCAGCGGCAGCAAAGCGGAGAGGCGGGCUUCAGCGCGAAUGUCACCUUCUCCGGCCUGCUCAACGCCCUCGACGGCGUCGCAUCCUCGACCUCCCAGCGCAUCCUCUUCCUCACGACCAAUCACAUUGAGAAGCUCGACCCGGCUCUCAUCCGACCAGGACGCGUCGACUUGAAGGAGAUCAUUGACGAUGCGACGCCAUACCAGGCUUCCGAGCUCUUCACCCGCUUCUACCACGACGAGGCGGAUCUCUCGCAAGACCAAUUCGUCGAGCUUCGCGACCGACUCGUCAAGGACGUCGAAGCUGCGCUUAAGGAGGGAUCGCGCGUCAGCAUGGCUGCGCUGCAGGGUCACUUCAUCCGGAACAGCGCGAAGGAAGCGGUGGACGGCUGGCCCGAACUCCGUCGGAUGGCAGAGAUGGAUGCGGCUCUGCGGGCGAACGCAGCGGGGCAGCCACAUGUGAGAUUCGCAUCGAGUCCUUGA